GAAUCGUCAACGGGCGGGGGGGCGUCAGCGCAGCCCACAGAUCGCAUAUAUAUCCGCUCUCGCUUAUCCACCACCGCUCAUCACUCUCAUUUUCCAUCGUCCGUCCGCUUCUCUUUUCUAUGCCCCCGCCCUUCUCCACGCCCCACACCGAGAAUAAACCCUUUCUUCUCUUCUCUUCUCUUCUCGCUUCCCUUCCAUUCCAUUCCAUUCCUUCCUUCGCCGCCAAGUAACCAGCAAUCGAGUCGUCGAUCCACCCAGCGACCUGGAGGGGACGACGAGAGCUGGAUCGAUCGAUGAAGCUCGUGUGGUGCCCCGACACGGCCUCCAAGGCCUACAUCGACGGCGUCCGUGCAAUCGCAAACGUCGACUCCGCCGACGCCUCGCCCGAGCUCGCCGAGCUCCUCGCCGCCAUGGCCGGCGGCUGGAACGCCCGGCUCAUCGUCGACGCUCCGGACUCCGCCUCAUCCACGUCUACCACCACCAGCCUCGCGCUCGCCGCCGCCGCGCGACGCACGGGCGGACGCUACGCCCGCCUCGACGUCGUUGACGACGCGCCUGCGCCUCCAACUGAAGACGAGGCCACCACCAACUCCGGCUCCGGCUCCGGCUCCGGCUCCUCCUCGUCGUCCUUCUCCGCCGCCGCCGCCACCGAGGCGGCCAUGGCGCGGCUGGAGGGCGUGGACCUGCUGGUGCUCGACGCGCGGCGGCGGGACGCGGCGGUCGUGCUGAGGGCGGCGAGGCCAGGGCCCAGGGGCAUGGUCGUCGUCGUGCGCCACGGCGGCGGCGGCGUCCGGCGUCGCGCCGCCGCCGCGCCGCCGUGGUGGGGGAUGCUGGCGGCCGGGACCAGGGUCGUGCGCGCCGCCUACCUCCCCAUCGGCGCCGGCGGCGUCGAGGUGCUGCACGUCGGGGUCGGCAAGGGGCCCAGCCUGCUGCCGACGACGCAGCACAGCAGGAGGCCCAGCGGUGGCGGCCGUGGACGGUGGAUCCGCCACGUCAACCACCGUACCGGCGAGGAGCACGUCUUCCGGCGACAGUAGCCUACUACUCCACCGCCCUUGGUUACCGGCCGGCCGGGGACGACCAACCAGGCUCGUACACAGGCUACGACGUACAGCUAGCUAGCUGGCCGUAUCAAUCAAAGUCAACCAAAGUUCGUGUCCUCCUCCCAAUUAACACGGCAUAAGCUAGCCUACUGCUAGCUAGGUGUUAAUUUUCUCGUUAGAUUCGUUGAACCUGCCCGCGAUAGUGACCUCGUCUUCCUUGCUAUCAUCCCGGGUGGAAAUGUGACGAGUCAUCAUGCAUGGUGUGUGUAUAUAUACCACUCGUACUACCCUUCUUAGCUAGUAGAUCCUUAGUUUGUGAAUUACUGAUGAUGCGUGUGCUUUAAACAUUAUACUUCUUAGCUCUUCCUUAAUUCCUUUUCUUCCUGUAGAUGCGUCGUCCGUCAUACCAUUUUGCUUAUGUGGAAGAUCUUUGACAUUCUGUUCAUGUCUGAA